AUGAGCUCCGACACUGUUGGCGCUGAGUUGCGCCAAACUGGCCGAGAACUCACUCCCAUCACGGACCCCGUAGCCAUCGACGCCGAAUCGCGCCAUACCAGCCGCGAGCCUACUCCCACGACCCGCCCCGCAACCAUCGACGCCGAACCGCGCGUCGACCAACUCGUCACCCACGAAGGCGCGCAUUUUACCACCAUUAAGGAGGGGCUGGCAUAUAUCCUCGUACCCCAGGGUACUCCGACCUCGACCGAUCCCAAAGCCUUGAAGGAAGACGCCGACAAGCAGUCCGUCUUUUACAAUCCCAUUCAACAAUUCAAUCGUGAUCUGAGCGUACUGGCAAUAAGGGCGUUUGGGGAAGAUUUCGUGGUAGCUCAGAAGCUGAAGAAGGAGGCGGAGAAAAAUAAGCCGGCGAACAAGAGGAAGUGGGAUAAGAAAAGGCAGAAGAAGAAGGAGUUGAAGAAAGUGGGCAAGAAUAUCGAAAAUGAGGAGAUUGGCCCACAAAGUCCGGCUAAGAAGAGGAAGAUUGAGGGAAACGGAGAACAGGCGGAGGUCAUGGAUGACACGGUCGAAGAGCGUUCGGAAGGCGAUAUCACUGCAGAAAAUACGAACGUGACAUACCCGCAAACUCAGCCGAACGACGCAGUGCCUGGACUGAAUGGCAAGACACCACCCUUCAAACCUGACCUCCGAAUUCUCGACGCCCUUUCAGCCACAGGUCUGCGAGCGCUCCGCUAUGCGCAGGAACUCCCCUUCGCAGCCGCAGUCACCGCCAAUGACAUGUCCCAAAAAGCUACGGCAUCCAUUGCUCUCAACGUGCAGCAUAAUAAGCUCGAGGACAGGAUUACCCCGAAUGCAGGCAAUGCUAUAUCACAUAUGUACAGCUUCGUUGGGACGAAAGGCUACGAUGUCAUUGACCUAGAUCCAUACGGUACCGCAGCACCAUUCCUGGACUCAGCGCUGCAAGCUCUAACCAACGGCGGGCUUCUCUGCGUAACCUGCACUGACUCUGGCGUCUUUGCAUCUACGGGGUACCUUGAGAAGACCUACUCCCAAUACGGCGGUCUCCCGAUCAAAGGCUUCCACUCCCACGAAGGGGGUCUACGUUUGAUCAUCCACGCCAUCGCUACAUCGGCCGCAAGAUACGGCAUGGCAAUCGAGCCUCUACUCUCCCUCUCAAUUGACUACUACGCGCGCGUCUUUGUGCGAGUCCGUCGCUCCCCCGCAGAAGUCAAGUUCCUAGCUGGCAAACAAAUGCUCGUCUAUAAUUGUGAUGCAGGAUGUGGCGCAUGGCAAACCCAAUUCCUCGCCCGUAAUAUACCACGCGAGAACAAAGACGGCAGCUUAUACUACAAGCACUCCUUUGCGCAAGCCCCAUCGGCCUCGCCUUUCUGUGAACACUGUGGAACGAAAACUCACCUCUCCGGCCCUAUGUAUGGCGGCCCACUUCACAAUCCCGCCUUCAUCGAACGGAUCCUCAGUUACCUCACCACCAUCGACAAGGAAAUCUACGCCACUUCCGCGCGUAUAGAAGGGAUGCUCCAGACCGCAUACGAAGAGACCCUGGUCGAAGCACCGGUAAUCUCGAAACGAAAGAAGAAACCUGCCGAGGACGCCGAAACUACCGAAAAUGGGACCACGAACACAGACGCACCUUCCCCGUCCAUCCCCCAAACUGACCCCGCGCAGAUUGACCACCACCCCUUCUACUUCACCCCUUCCAACCUUUCCAAAGUUAUCCACUGCCAAGCGCCCCCGGAUGCCGCUAUUCGCGGUGCGCUGCGGAAAGCCGGUUUCAGAGCUACACGUUCGCAUUGCAAACCGGGGACUAUUCGCACAGAUGCGAGUUGGAAGGAUCUGUGGCAUAUCAUGCGGGAGUGGGUGAGGCGGCGAGCGCCGGUGAGGGAGGGGGCGUUGAGUGAGGGGAGUGCAGGGUGGAAGAUCUUGAGGUUGGGGGAGAAUGAGGCUGAGGAAGAAGGAGAUGGAGAGGGGGAGGGAGAGCAGGAGGAUGUUGGCAAGGGCAAAGGGGGGCAGAACUAUAAGGUCGUUUUCGAUGAGCAGCUAGGGAGGGAUGAAGGGCCAAAGUUGAUGCGGUAUCAAAUCAAUCCGAGGGCGAACUGGGGGCCUAUGAAUCGGGCGAAGUAG